CUUAGAUUUCAUUUUUUAAUGGUCAAACAUUAAUUUCUUCUCCUUCUUAUGACCUACCUUUUUGGGGAAAGAAAACCCUUUGUAACCAGUAAGUGCAGUCAAGCAAAAUAAAUUCCCCUCUUAGCCAUGUUCACCACCAUGUGUCUCAUUCUGAUAUCAGUCCUUUACCUCUCUGCAGUCAUGAUUGAACAUAGCUUUGAUCCACUGACCAGAAUUCUGACAUCUUUCAGUGUUGUUUCCCAUUAUGUUAUUUCAGUCAGUGUGCCAACUGUUCUCCUUAUUCUGCAUCAGUUCAUAUGAGUCUUCUCAAAUUUCCCUGAGUUCUUUGCGUUUGUCCUUUCUUAUAGUGAAAUAACAUCUCAUUUCAUUCAUAUGCCUUAGCUUGUCAGCCAUUCCCCACUGAUUCCAGUUUUUCCUGUGACAGAAACCCCUGCACUUCUCUCUGAGUCAACGUUUCCUGAUCUCCAAGUAACUUCUCUGGUAAAAGAUAGAGAAUGAUACAAUACACACCAUGCAAGGUUGUGAAUAUUUGGUAAACCACAAAGCACUAUUGAAAUAUAAGAGGUUGUCUGUGUAAGAGGUCAGAACGUGCAAAGGGCUUUGCAGACAUCUGGGUGGCUGUGUGUAGACAGUCAGGUCCCAGGUAGUGUGAUUAAGGAAUAUCACAUAUGGAAAUAUGCAGGGCAGAUGUGAAUAAUGUGAUCACUUCAGGACAGUCAUUCCAUUAUUCACACUAAUCAAGGUGUUUGUGUUUGUUUAUGUUUGUUCAUCAGUCAAUCAACAAGCAUUAAUUUUAAACCUGGAUCACUUGAUGUCUAAACUGGGGAUGAGCCUCUCUGAACUUAAUCCCUUCUAUCAGGUUACAAAGAGGUGGGGGUCUGCAUCAGGGGAUGGGAUACCAGCAAACAAUAAAAUCGUUGACAUGUUGGAAGUGUGUGUGUGUGUGUAUGUAUUGAUGACUGACUGAAGGAGUUAGUUGUUUGCUAACCCUGGCCCUAGGUCACAAACUCUUGUGCCCAUCCCAGGGCCUGAAUCCUAUUACAUUACAUAUUUAUUGAAUAAAAUUUAUUGAAAUAAAUUCAUGUGCCUAUUUGUUAGUCCCAGGUAUUUUGGUCAUCUGUGUAGGGCCCUGGGUUGGAAUGGGUGACUGAGGGUGCUGGGCUCCUCCCUGGUGUCUAGGUCUUAUCUGUGGCUUCACUGGCCUCUGGUAAAAUCUACAGGCAUAUCAGAGUGCCAACUCUUCAGAGAGGUGAAGGUGUUAGAAGACAAUGUUGAGGAGCAAGAAACCAUCGUAGGAGAAAACAUACUUGCCCUGUGACUUUUUGCCUUAGCUUCAUUGCAGAUUCUAAUGAGAAGCUGCUGCUGUUGGAGCUAGAUUAAUUCUUCCCUAGUGGCUGGGGAGCCAAGACUUGAAAAAAGGCAGAAAGACCAUCCAGGAAAGGAGCAAAGAGGAGGGGGUAACUAUGGAGAACUUGGACCUCAUGCUUGAGGAGAGAGUUCUGGCAUCUCAAGACUCUGCCCUUCCCCAAGAAAGGAGAACCGAGGAGGAGGAGGGGAUGACUUCUGGGUUCCUGACAGCCAGGUCUGAGAAAUCCUUGACCUUUCAAGAUGUGGCUGUGGACUUCACUCGAGAGGAAUGGGGCCAAUUGGAUCCUGCUCAGAAGAACAUGUACAGAGAUGUGAUGCUAGAGAAUUAUGAGAACUUUAUCUCCCUUGGUCUUCCAGUUUCCAAACCAGAUGUGAUCUCUCAUUUGGAGAAAAGAGAAGCUUCAUGGCUGCUAGGGGGAAAAGUCCUACAAAGCCCUCAGUUAGAUUCUCUUGUUUUGCAGACAAGGUAUGAAACCAAGGAGUCAAUUCCAGAACAGCUUGUUUCUAUAGAAAAGUCACCUAAGGAGAAAUUCACCAAGGAUGGUGCAUGGAAUUCUAAGUUGGGAAAACCUUGGGAUUGUCAGAUCAGAUUAGAGAGAGAGAAAAGUUGUCAAGGGAAAGAGUCCAGACAAGUGACAAUCCCAAACAAAAAAACUUUUAAUGAGCUGAAUGCUCAAGCAUAUAAUACAUUUGGAGCAAUCCUCGUUCUUCCAGAGAGAGUUCCUUUAGGAAAAUGUCUUCACAAAUAUGAUCCACUUGGAAAGAGCUUCAAGCCAUUUUUAGAUCCAAUUAAACACAAUAUAACUUUAGGGAAGAAACUUUGUAAGUAUAAUAAAUGCAGAAAGUCAUUUAGUUACCAUUCAAAUCUUAUUCAUUACUAUAGAAGACAUACUCGAGGCAAAUCCCAUAAAUGUAAUGAAUGUGGCAAAGCCUUUAGCAUUAACUCAUGCCUUACUGUACAUCAAAGAAUUCAUACUGGAGAGAGACCUUAUAUAUGCAAUGAGUGUGGGAAAGCCUUCAGCCAGAAGGGAAACCUUAAAAGACAUAAGCUAAUUCAUGCUGGAAAGAAACCAUUUGAAUGUAAUGAAUGUGGGAAAGCUUUCAGCAGUAAUGAAUACCUAACUCAACAUCAAAGAAUUCAUACUGGAGAGAAGCCCUAUAAAUGUAAUGAAUGUGGGAAAACCUUCAGCCAGAAAGGAAGCCUUAAUGUGCACAAGAGGAUUCAUACUGGAGAGAAACCAUAUAAAUGCAAUGACUGUGGGAAAGCCUUCAGCCAGAAGAGAAGUCUUGAUGCACAUAAGAUAAUUCAUAGUGGAGAAAAGCUCUGUUCUUGUAAUGAAUGUGGAAAAACCUUCAGUAACAAUUUUCACCUUAAUAUACACAAGAUAAUUCAUACUGGAGAGAAACCAUUUGAGUGUAAUGAAUGUGGCAAAUCCUUCAGUAGUAAUCAAUAUCUAAGCCAACAUCAAAGAAUUCAUACGAGAGAGAAACCCUAUAAAUGUAGUGAUUGCGGGAAAGCCUUCAGCCAGAAAGGAAGCUUUAAUGUACAUAAGAGAAUUCAUACUGGAGAGAAGCCCUAUAAAUGUAAUGAAUGUGGAAAAGCCUUUAGCCAGAAUAGAAGUCUUAAGGUACAUAUGAUAAUUCAUACUGGAGAAAAGCCUUGGUCAUGCAGUGAAUGUGAGAAAACCUUCAUCAACAGUACUUACCUUAAUAUACAUAAGAAAAUUCAUACUAAAGAGAAGCACUUUGAAUGUAAUGAAUGUGGGAAAAGCUUCAGGCAUAGUUCAUACCUCUUGCAACAUCAGAGAAUGCAUACUGGAGAGAAACCCUAUAAAUGUAAUCAAUGUGGGAAGGCCUUCAGCCGUAAGGGAAGCCUUAAUGCACAUAAGAGAAUUCAUACUGGAGAGAAACCUUUUGAAUGCAAUGAAUGUGGGAAAGCAUUCAGCCAAAAAGGAAACCUUAAUACCCACAAGAAAACUCAUACUGGAGAGAAACCUUUUGAAUGUAAUGAAUGUGGGAAAGCUUUUAGGCUGAGGCAGACCUUUGCUGCUCAUAAGAAAAUUCAUACCAUUGAGAAACCCUUUGAAUAUAAUGUGUUUGGGAAAGUAUUCAGCUAGAGGGAAUACCUAAGAAGACUUAAGAUAAUUUACAUUGGUGAGAAUUUCCAUAAAUGUAAUGAAUGCCUCAUCACUCAUCAGAGACUUGAUGCUGGAGAUUGUGUAGAGAGA